CUGACGUUUCUUUAACAGAGACUGAAUUGCUGCUCAACUGCAAUAUCUUGGAUUGUGUCCAGUUUAAAAUGCAGAGGACAUGCGAUCGUUAGUGAUGUUUUGGAAGUUCUUCAGGCAAAACUCUUUCCGUCUUUUGCUGAUUCUAUGGAUUUUCACGUUCUAUUAUAAAGUUAAAGGAGUCCCAAUCGAUUCGGCAAUUGUCAGGAAGGCUCGAUGCUACGCAAACUGCAUCACACAGAACCCAGCUGCCAAUCACACAGCAACGAAUCGCGACGCAUCAAACUGCCAAGAGUGCCUCAUCCCGUGUGGAACCCCUUUUUCUGAUGAAGAAACGUGCAAGCAAAGUUGUAAUAACACAAGCAGCUGUGAGAAAAGCUGCGUGUUUUUGGCGCAGUUACAGAACGGUUCGUUCUUAAUAACCGGAGAUGGUUCCUUUCCACCAAAACCUGGUAUACCAACAAUAACAAGCAGGAAUUUCACCUCAAUCUCACUCAAGUGGGAUCCUGUGCUUAACACGAGUGGUGCAGUUGUGUACUUAAUCGAAAUGACGUUUACUGGAGAGGAAUCUAAAGUUUCUUAUAAAUACUUAUCAGAGGUCUACGUCAGCUCACGGGCUACAGUCAAGUUUGAACUUCCCUGUGCGAACACUACAUGGUCGGAAUACAAAGAUAUAUUUUUCCGAUUCAAAAUUGCUGCAUUAACAGGAAAUUCUUCUGUAAGCUAUGGACCGCAAACAUCGCAAAUAACCCUUACAAAGCCGGAUUCUGUGACUAAUGUGACAUUGGAUAGCCUAGUCUAUGACAGCGCCAGUAUUGCAGAUAAAAUAAAGUUGACAGUUUCUUGGAAUCCACCUAAAGAUCAGAAGGAUCUCAUUUCACACUACGGAGCACACUUUUCUGCCGAUUCAUCCUGUCAAUAUGAGUCUUUGCCUCGUGCAGAAGAUUCUAAUGGGGCAACUUUAUCAAUGCACAUUUCUCACAAGUCCUUGAAAUGCAUCCACACACUGGAAAUUUAUUCUAUAGUUGGCUGCAGUGUGAGCUAUCCCACAGUAUUUAACUACACAUAUCCAGGUUGUCAAAACAUCACAAACUUUCCCACAAGUGAAUGCUAUAAGUUUGACCCUCCUUACGCUCCAUUAAAAGACAGAAUGGUCAGUAAUGUGAAAAUCGAGGGCAAUAUGACAGGGCAACAGGACUAUCGCUUUACAGCUAAUGUGACGUGGAACCCCCCAGUUUACCCGUACAAGACACCGUUCCAGUACGACGUGAAAUGGUCCAAGGAAGACAGCCUUGAACAAACGGGGUUCGAAUUUGCUACUAUUAAUCGUCACACAAUAACAAAUCUACUGCCUGCAACGUCCUACAAAGUUGAGAUAAAACCAACGUUCCCGGAUGACAAGCCGUUUUCUGUUUGGACCUCUAUUAUUUUAACAACUCCUGGUUGUCUAAACAUCCCAGACUUUCCUGCAAGCGAAUGUUAUCAGUCUCACCCUCCUGACACCCCAUUAGAGGAUAGAAUGGUCAGUAAUGUGACACUCGAGGGACCUAUGACAGCGCAACAGGACUAUCGCUUUACAGUGAUUGUGACGUGGAAACCUCCAGUUUACCCAUACAUCACACCGUUUAUGUACCUUGUGAAAUGGUCCAAAGAGGAUAAACUCAACCUCUCUCAUUCCGCUGAUGUUAAUCGUCAGAAAAUAACAAACCUGCUUCCCGGGAGGUCUUACAAACUUAAGAUCAGACCAGUGUUUCCGGAUGACAAACCGUUUACAAAUUGGACCUUUGUUAUGUUAACUACUCCUGGUGUAGAUCCAGACCAAGUAAAAGUGCGUUAUUUGACAUCCGGACCAUUUUCUCCGUCAUCUGACUGCGAGAGCUUUAGCGUGAAAAUCUCGUGGGAAAAGCCAACUUUUAACUACAGCACGCUGGUUUCCUACAAGAUCUCUUACCUCACUGGAAGGAGCAAUGGCACGAAAGUCGAGUUACCACCGUCUUCACCCCACUUCAUCAUAUCCGGCAUAUUGCAUGGCGAGGGAGUUGGCUAUCGGGUUAUUCCCAUAUACCAACAUGACUGGAUCCAAGGAAUUGCAGUUCCUGGAAAUGCGACUGCACCUGACAAAGAGCGUCCCGCUGAUCCGCUAUCCACCGCAGAGUUGGCUGUGCUUGUUGCAGGAAUCUUGUUAGCUGUACUGAUUGUCAUAUGUGUUAGUUUAUGGUGCUACAGAGGGAGACAAAGACAGAGGAAGGCAGAGCGUGUCUCCGGCAAGAACGCGUUAAUGAUUGAUCAUUGGGAGGUAGAUGGAGACCUACUGACUCUGGAGGAAGAGAUCGGAGAGGGUGCCUUUGGUAAGGUGUAUAAGGGAGUCCUCAAAGCGCUAACUACGCCCUCACGGAAAAUGUUCAUGAAGUUUCCAAUAAAUGCGAUUCGUAAAAAUGAAGUCAGGCAGACUGACGGAUUGACUGUGGCGGUGAAAAUGUUACACGAUAUGGCAGACGGUGACCAAAGAAGAGAAUUUCUUAAGGAAAUUCAACUCAUGAAGAACAUGAGAUCACACAAGAAUAUUGUUAACAUGCUGGGAUGCUGUACUGUGCAAGAACCAAUGUUCUUACUGGUUGAAUAUAUUCCGUACGGUGAUCUUUUACAUUACCUCCGAAAACGACGGGGAAAGGCUCGGCGAAACGACGAAAUUUAUGUCGAUGGCACUAAGGCAGAAAUCGUUCACAAUCGAAAUACUCAGAUUGUUUCAUUUGCGCAGUCUUCGGACGAAUCUGGAGUACAAAACAAAGGAAUGACCAAAGAAGAUGAAGCUGAUGACCAGGAGGAUGAAAGGGAGGAGUUACUUACUCCAGGAGAUCUUAUGGCUUUUGCCUGGCAAAUAAGUCAAGGAAUGGAGUACCUAGCAAGGAAAGGCUUCGUGCACCGUGAUUUAGCAGCCCGAAACGUUCUCGUUGGUGAGCACAAGAUGGCAAAAGUGGCGGAUUUUGGCCUGACUCGCUAUGUGUAUGAAGAGAAAGUUUACCAUUCAAAGAGAAACAAAAAGCUUCCACUGAAAUGGAUGUCAAUUGAAGCCAUCUUUGACCAAACGUUCACAACUCAAAGUGACGUGUGGGCUUUCGGCGUUCUUUUAUGGGAGUUGGUCACAUUAGGUGGGACUCCAUACCCUACAAUAAACAACAGAGAGUUACUUCGUCUCCUAAAAGCUGGUUACCGAAUGGAAAAACCAGAUAUUUGUAAUGAUGAAAUGUUCAGUAUGAUGACGGAUUGCUGGAUGGAAAACCCAGACGACAGACCAGACUUCACCCAAAUACGAGAGAGACUGGAGGAGAUGAUGCAGAAGGACAAUCCGUAUUUGGAUUUCAGCGUUUUGGAUGAAUCCAGGGAUUAUUAUAAAGUGCCUUCCUUCAACAGUUUAAAUGAGGAAUCUGCAGAUGAUGAACUGUUUGACACAGAAAGCGCUGAGCUUUUAAAGAAUGGAAAUGACAGCAAUAGUCUUGGAGAGGGGAAAACUUCUGAAGAUUCUUACAAAGAUGGAACAGCUCCAUUGUCAAAUUCCAACCAGGGUCUAGAGAUGGACCUGGAAAUUGAUCCUGUUGAUGUGAACAAGAUUGAUUUUGACAACAGUUCUCCUCGUGAUGAAGAUUUCCGUGAUCGUAAAAAUGUAAAGGUGAAUAUUGAAGCACUUGAAAUGGCUUUAUACCGCCCAGGCAGAAGAGGGAUUGUGCUCUAGGAUGAAGCUACUGAAGCUGAAUACAGAACCCAGGAUAACAACUUACGAAAUAGACAAACCGUGGAAUGUACAAGCAGACUUGAAUUAAUAGCCGAACUAAACCAAUUUCUCUAAAUUCAGGGCAGCAAAAGCUACUCAUAGAAGGUUCAUUUCUCUUUUUACAUUUAUGGUGCAGUUUUAUGAUUGCUGGUUACUUGCUUAUUAUUUGGAAUCAACUAACUUACUGAUACAUAUACAUUCUCACACACAGCUGGGAGCCAUGCCAAGCCAGACCACGCAGCAUGACUUUUAUUAAUAUAACAACUAUAUAUAUAACUGUCUUACAACGGCACAAAAAAAGUGACAAGAGAAAAAAUUCACUGCGAUUUAAAUAAAUUCGCUGCAACUUAAUAGACUUUUGAAAUACUUCAUGGGUGGGUUGGUGGGGCAUGUCAGGCAAUGGCGGAUGGCAAAACAAAAACUGAACCUUGUACAAGCCCCGUGACCUGAACCCCCCACCCCCACCCCAUACAGGUGUACUCAGACUCCCAGCUACGCGUGAGAAAAACGUUUUCCGUUUCCUUCGUUCCUCAGCCAGCAGAAGACUUUACUUUUUGUUUUACUUUUAUAUCUCAGCUUGUGGUCCAACCUUUCGUGAAGCUCCACUGAUGUGAUUAGUGAAUCUAUACUGAAUGGAAGUUUGCAAUCAAACCCCACAAGUUUUUUGUUAGUUAGUUAGUUUGUUUGUUUGUUUGGUUUGUUUGUUUCCUGUUUUGUUUUGUUUUGUUUCGUUUUAUGUUUUUGGUUUGUUUGUUUUUUUAUAGUCAAUGGUGCAACGGUUUAACGAUGUACUUACUCGAUCAGAUGUAAUUAACACAAACAGGAAACACAUGAAACACCUUUGUAACAAGAUCAAAUGUGCUUUGCGAUUUCCACCAGAGGGAGCCCUGCUUCAUUAAUCAUUAUAUACAUCAAAGGGGUUAUGGGCUUAUAACACUAAAUGUAGCUUUUAUAUUGAAGAAAGCGAACGAAGUCUUAAUUGUAUUUCAUCGGAAAGAAUUGUUUAUUGUUUUCUCGUAGCCUGAUGAACUAAGGUGUCUCGAUAAAAUUUUAUUACUAUUCAGUCUGGUUAUUACAUAGCAUUUUCAAUCAGCUUUUUACCAGCCUUUCGUCAAUCGGUUGAAAAUGUGAAAAUUACAACGGCUAAGGAAAAUCCCUUUUAAAAAAAAUCGUUCGUGAUCGCCAUAAAGAAAAUCAAUAAAACUGUUAAGACAUUUAAAAAACAUCUUAGCUUCUAAACACAUUUGGUAUUAUUUUGAAGCAAGUUUAGCAGAAAGUGUUCGUUUUCUUUUAGUAAUUAUUCGAAAGGAAAAAUACAUAAUUUUUCUUUAUUUUCUACUUGCCAUUUUUAUAUCAAAUCCAUGGUCUAUGGCAAAUGGAAAAUACCACAAUAAACGGCUUUGAACCCCUUGCACAGAAAAUUUUUUAGUUCAUACUUUGCCAUGUCUUUUGAUACCAUGAUUGUAGCAUCAACUGCUGAUAAAGAGUUGUUAUAAUGACUCGUCAGCGACAACAGGGACGACCUUUUAGACAUACCUGCAGAGUUUAGCGGCUUACGGUGAGGUUACCUCUAGCAAACUAGCGGUAAGCUGCAAAGAAGUAAUUGCUGUUGGAAAAAAUAAGUGAACAUGGCGUUAAUGAGAGUAUAUAUCCCAUAAUGUAAAGUAAAUAAACGAAAAAGGAACUUAAAGUACAUGUAAGUUAUAUCAUUGGUCACGACAAUUAAAACGAAGGUGAACUGACAAGAGAAAUCAGCUGCUUCCGGUGUGGAAAGUUUCUUUUAACUUUGUAUGGGAAGGGAACGUUGCGUAGAUCGAUAAGUCAUACCCUAUAGGCUGUACGCUGUAAUCACAAUUAUAAUAAUACUCUCAUGCCAAUGAGUCAUUAUAAUCGCUCACAGGCGAAGAUUCUUUACAAGUCUUGCUUAACUCCGAACCAGUGCUGCAUUGUCGAGUUAGGUGAGGAAGAACAGGGCUGAUUAGUAUUUAUCUUCAUACACCACCCGAAAUUGUGUUCAGAACCAUUUGUACCUGGAGUUCCAUCAAAUUGGCAGUUAAAUAAUCUGCUCUUGUAACUGUUUACUGUCCAAGAUUGCCCAGGUAACUGUUUGGUCACAGCACUGCAGUUAGAGCACUCAUUUCCCCGGAUGUUUACGUAUUCAUACAUCCGGCAAGUAAAAUCCCAGCUGCCAAAUAUGUCGUGACCUUCCAGCUUGGCGCGUGCGUAGUCGGUAUACUGCAGACCCUCCUUUGGGAAGUUACAGGUUGCUCGGAAGUGGGUUGACUGAUUAGCAAUGGACCGGAUCUGUGGUAAGGCGCGGUGGCCUCAUGGUUAGUGCGCUCGACUCCGGAUCGAGCGGUCCGGGUUCGAGCCCUGG